GCGGACAUGCGCCUCGCGAAGCUGUUCCUCCGUGGUUUUGGUCAGUACGAGGAGAGGGGCAACUAUACCAUUCUCUACGAUGGCGAGGGCAUUCUGGAGUUCGGGCUCACAGAACAGCACAUCAUCCACGACGGCAAAGGUAGAAUGGUCAUAAAUUUUCCUAAUAUUAACGACGGGGGAAUUCUGCUCAAAUUAAUGGACAACCAAUCCGGCCAACCCUAUCCGUAACAUCCGAGUGAUUCCUCCUGGUUACGAGAACACUUACGAGCGCUUUCCUUUCCAUCCUCUGUUCCUGGAGUUUCUCCAGCGGUUCUCGGAGAUCAGGUUUAUGGACUAUCUUGCGACAAACGGUCAUCAGCCGGAGCCGACGACGUGGGAGACGAGGAGGCCGGUGAAUUUUCACACGCAAGAAGGCGCCAGUGGCGGCUCCAUCGAGUACUUAGUCCAGCUCGCCAACACCGUUGGCGCCAAUCCCUGGGUUUGCAUUCCUCACGCAGCAGACGACAAUUACGUCAGACAGUUCGCCACGUAUCUCAAGCAACAUCUGAGGCCUGACUUGAAGGUCUACGUGGAAUAUUCAAAUGAAGUGUGGAAUGGAAUCUUCAGACAGACACAAUAUACUGGAGAAAAGGGUAAGGUCAUGUUUCCCAGCGAACCCGGAUGGAAAGCAGGGAUGAAGUAUUUUAACGUGCGGGCAUCAGAAGUGGCCUCGAUUUGGAACCAGGUGUGGAGCUCUGAAGCGCGAUCGGCUGACUAAUGUCUACGCCUGGCAGACAGGCUACCAGGACUACUACCGCCAGGCUCUGGAGGACCUUGGGGACCGCAAGACUAACUUUCCAGGCCAUGGCCAUCACUGGCUACUUUGACUGUGAUGGGGCUGCAGGAAAACACGCCAGUGAACUGCCGCACAUGAGCAUGCAGCAGAUACAGCAGCUGUGUGUAAAUGAACAGGCCGGCACACGGGACUACUUCAGACACUACAUGGAUGUGGCACAGGCCAAUGGCUUGAAGCUGGUGAUGUACGAAGGCGGGCCAAGUGUGAUGGAAGAGGGCGCCAUCGUCAGUGGUGCCAACGUGCAAGCGGUCACAGACAAGGCCAUCGCCUUCAACAGGGACGACGCCAUUCGUCGGCCGGUGCAGGAGCAGCUCAACAUCUGGUUGGACGUGGUGACGAACAACGCGCGCAACAAUAAGCCAGGCGGCUUAUUCAACUACUUUUCCUCGACGGGCACGGCCAGCAAGUACGGGAGCUGGGGCAUGGCUGAGUACACGGGGCAGGACCUGGCCACGGUGACCCAAGUGGCUGGCUGUACAGAGCUUCAUUUCCGACAAGUACCCCAACAACCUACUGGGCCCCAAGUGCUCCUUCGUCAAAAGCCGGGUGUCGAGCCAGGCGUUCGGGUGUUUUGCUUCCUCCAGUGGGCGAUACACUUGUGCAGAGACCGCUGAUAACGGGCGAACGUGGACGAAUCUUCCCAGCCUCGGCCAGAAUGAAGCCGAUCACGUGACCCUUGACGGCGUCGACCCCGCCAAAGGAAAGCUGUACCCCGAGUCACAGACAGGAGAGCCGUCAUUACCUACCACGUAUAUGACCAGCGAUCCAGGAACUGGACAAAGAUGCAGAACUUCCAGUAUUACACUGAAGUGAUGUCUCCCUCCGUGGUACCUCGGUAUCCUGUCGGCGCUGAUCACGGGUUGUCCGCCAACGAACACUGUUGAAAGAAUACAUUAUGAGAACCAUUAAAGCCAGUUUACACGCUAACUCAGACUAGUAAAUAAAUCGAAACCACGUCUUUGUUAUUGGUU